GGGGAGUAGGAAAAAAAAAAAAGAGGAAAACCUUGACACCUGUGGUAUUUAGGCGGCAGUCCAUUUUCGUCUCUCUUCACUUGGAUGCGUGUGGAUGUGGCAGGUCCGGGAGAUGGAGGGUCGUCUGGCCGCAGCCCACAGCUCGGUCGCUUCGGCCGGGACGGCGAGGGAAGGCGACCACGUCGUCCAGGAGCACCUCAAGAUCGUCUGCCAGGAGAAGGACAACAUCAUCUCUACCCUCCAAUCCCAGAUCGAGGAGCAGAAGCAGCUGCGUCUUCAAGAGGCGAAACAAGUGGAAGCCAAAGCAGCCCGGAUCAAGGAGUGGGUCACGAACAAGCUUCGAGAGCUGGAGGAGCAGAAUCAGCAGCUGCGGCUACAGAACGACAAGUGCACGGAGCAGCUGGAGAUCCUCCGUUCCCGAAUGGCGCAGUUGAACGAAAUGCAGACUCAGACCAACAACUUCAAGAGCAGCAAAGACCGAGCUUCGACGGAGGACUCGUCGCGGGGGAGCUACGAAGGGGGGUCCCGGCCGGAGAGCGACGAGAGCGCGCCCGAGAAGCGGAUCUCCUCCUCGGACGGCGUUUAUGCGGAAGUGGACUUCUCCAAGAAGACCGGGCAUCGGAGGACACCCGUGGCGUGUGGUGCCCCUCCGAGGGUGCACCUGGAACGGAAACGGUUCCCGGAAGCGCGGACGUCUUCCAUCGGCUCGACGCCGAGCGACGAGAGUUCUCGAGAGAAGUCGUCCAAGUUCGACUCCGGAUCCAUGGACCUGGAAACGCCGCAGAGUCUCAGCCCCAGGAGUCCCCAGGCGCCUCUGGGACUGGGUCCCCUGGGACUUCCCAUCCCGGCACCGCGGCACAGAGUGGUUGCUCCCGACGGCGCGAGCAGUGGUGGUGGUGGUUGCGUUUGCGCUCGGGACAGUGUCACGGGCGAGGAGAGUGACGAUCGUACCGGUCCCAUAUACGACCACGUCCCGGUGAGACGGGCUCGGAUCAGGGAGUCCGAGGACAUGCACGACUACGCGGAGAUCUACACGCCGAGUCGAGACGCGAUGCCGUGGGGGGUGGCGAUCGCGUCCCCGGGGGAGGAGGGGAAGCCCCCGACUCCCCCGCUGCACCGAUUUCCCUCCUGGGAGUCCCGGAUCUACCAGGUGGCGGCGGGGACGGGGUUCACGCUCUCGGAGCCGGGGACCGGGAGGGGUUCGUCGAGCACGGGGAGUGGGACCGGGAGCAGUCGGAGCAAUGCUCAGUCCCAGGCCAGCUCCACGGGUCUGGGUUUCCCCGCUGGGUAUUCCAACUUCAACAUCCCCGUCUAUUCGUCUGUCAAAGGGGUGAGUGUUCGUCUCUUUUUUUUCUUUCUCUUUCUCUUUCUUUCGAUUGUCUUAAGAAGGCGGAAGGAAGAAGGUUCUGCAUGGCGAGGUUGCCUAGACGUUCUUUUCUUUCGGGUUAACCCUUCUGUCGUGUCAGUCGUUGAGUGUUCAGCCCGGAGCGGAAAGUACGUUCCAGGUUUCAGAGAAGUCAGUUCGUUCGUGAUGGAAUCGAACCUUGUUGUUCGUGCAGAGACCAAGUCUCUUCUUCCGUGGUUCUUGGACCCCUUGCAGAACCGUGGGAGUGAUGGGCAUGCAUGUGUCGAGGAUACGUUGCUUCGAGCGAGCGAUAUCUGGAAUUUUGACGGCUUGCACGACGACCUUGACUCGUCCAACCCUUCAACGCUGCUGCAAGGGAGAGCAUCCCAGAUCCGUCCGGUCCCAUUCUCGGGCGACUCCUCGGACUCCUCCGACGGCGAGGAAGGCGAGGGGUCGUCGGGGGGCCAGCCGGACGCGGGGGACGCCACGUCCUCGUCCCCCUCCAAGCCCCGGAGGACGUCCAGUCUUUCAUUCCCUCACGCUCAUGUCGUCUCGCCCUCGAGGACUCCCCGCAGAGGGGAUUCUUUGGAAUCGGAGGAUUACGCCAUCCCUCCGGACGCCGGCGUGGAAGCCGAGCCUCCGUCGUGCUCACAUUCCUGUCUUCGGACGUCGUUCGUGGACACCCCGCGUCGCGACGCCGUGAUCCUGGAGAAGUCGGGCUACCUCACGAAGCUGGGAGGGAAGCUCAAGACGUGGCGGAGGCGCUGGUUCUUGCUCAAGGAUGGGACGCUCUCUUAUUGGAAGUCGCAGCACGACGUGGGGAAGAAGCCCCAAGGCGAAAUCGUCCUGGACGAAGGAUCCCGGGUGAGCCGAGCGGACGGAGCCGGGACGUUCGAGAUCACGACGGGGAAGAGGACGUACUACCUCACGGCGGACUCGCACGCGACGAUGGAGGAAUGGGUGAAGGCCCUCUCGUCCACGCUGCGGUGGAGUGCCACCAAGGCCCUGCUGCACAGGGAGGACGGGAAGCCGACCGUACAGGGGUGGCUGACGAAGGUCAAGCACGGGCACUCGCGUCGGUGUUGGGGAUUGCUCGCCGGACGUUGUCUGCUCUUCUUCAGGAAUCCCAACGAUACCGCUCCGCUGAGUCAGCUGAACUUGAAAGACGUGAGAGUGAAAGACGUGGAAGAGAUUUCGGAUUCCUCCGAGGAAGGCGACGGCGAGGACGGCGAGACCGGCGUGACUGGAGUGACUGGAGUGACCGGCGUGCCGGCGAGGUGCGACGGGAGCUACAGCGGGGAGGAGGCGCCGAAGGACCGAUUUUCCGUCGCUCUCUUCCCGCCCCAUCAGGGGCCCAUUUAUGUCCUUUAUGCGUCCAAGGAGGAUAAGGAUCAGUGGUUGUAUCACCUGACGGUCGCUUCGGGGAUCGGGUUAACGCCCGGUACUCAGUACGAGCAACUGGUCCAGAAGCUCAUGGAGGUGGACGGUGAUUCGAAUAGUGUCAUAUGGAGGCAUCCUCUCCUGUUACACAGCAAAGACCCGAUCGUCUCCCCGUUGACAACUCUGCCUUCGGAGUCUUUGCAGAACGAAGCAAUCAAGCUUUUUAAGUUUGGAUUUUUUUUUCCUUCCUUGCAGUCGUGCCAACUGUUCGUGUCGGUGCCUGUGGAUUCGGCCGGAAUAGAUUACCACGUGGUUCUAGCCCAGAAUGCCCUCCAACUAUGCCUUGAUCAACCGGCCUUGCAACCCGAACUCAUGUGUGCCCUCGUCAAGCAGACAUCCCGUCACCUCACUCCCAAGGGGGCUGCCCACGUCAACAGAACCCUCAACAAGUUCAAGCAGUCGCGACUGCUGUCGGCGACGCAGUCGCUGUUCCUCUGUGAUUCUUCGGCAGCCCAGAAGUCGGCAACGAGUCCCCCACCGGUAGCUCAUCUACCGCCUCCUAGCGACUGCAAGGCGAAUCCUCCCAUGUUUGUGUUCAUUCAAGGGUGGCAACUCCUAUCCUUGGCUGCUUCUUUAUUCCUGCCCAAAAACAAGUGUUUACUCUGGUACCUGAAGCUUCACUUUCGCCGCAAUACCGACCCAAAGAGUGAGAUCGGGAAGUAUGCAGCUUACUGCGAGCGAGCGAUGGACCGGACGUUGCGGAAGGGACCCCGAGAGUCUAAGCCCUCACGCAUGGAAGUCCUCUCCAUCCUUCUCAAGAAUCCCUACCAUCAUUCUCUUCCUCAUGCCAUCCCUGUCCACUUGCUCAAUGGAUCUUAUCAGGUGCUGGGAUUCGAUGGAUCCACGACCGUGGAGGAGUUCCUCACCUCCCUCUCUGCAGAACUGGGCUGUCGGGAUACUCAUCAGUCUGGCUUUGCUCUAUAUAGUGAUGACCCCUUUGAGAAGAACAUGGAACACUACUUGUUGCCUCAUUCCAAGGUGUGUGACUUGAUCUCACUAUGGGAGACGGCACUGAGGGAGAAAGGACUGGGAAAGUUUGAGACGACUCGAGUCAUCCAGCUGCGCUUCAAGAACCGUCUGUACUGGAAGGGGAACAGCGUCGGAGAGACAGACAGAGAGAGGGUUCUUUUGACUCAUCAGACGCAUCAGCAAGUCAUGAGUGGACUCUUUCCCGUCUCGCGUGAUCUCGGUCUGGAACUCGGAGCCCUCAUGUGCCAAAUCGAGUACGGAGAUUACGGGACGGAGAGAAGUCGAGGGAGUGGAGGUGCUCCAUCCGAUCCGAGGAAGGUGGUGGAGAGGUUCUUCCCUCCUCGAUACCGUGAGAGCUUCACAGAAGAUGAACUUCAGGCACUCUCUCAUGAGAUGAUUGCCAAGUGGGCAUCCCUUCGCGGCAAAGGAUCUCAGCAGUGUGUCCGCAUCUACCUGACGUGCGUUCGCAAGUGGCCUUUCUUUGGGUAUACACUCUUCCAGGCAGAGUUGAAAAGUGGAGACCAGCCUGGAGUGUUACUGGCCGUCGGUGAGGAUGGAAUCUCCUUGCUGGAUGUCGCCAACCUCCAGCCGUUCGUCACCUAUCUGUACGAUAGCGUGAUCACGUUCGGUGGGUGUCAAGACGAUUUCAUGCUCGUAGUGAGCGAGGGUCCCCGCAGAUCGCCCGCUUACUCUGGAUCUCACACCCAAAAACUCUUGUUCCUCAUGACCAAACCCAAGAUCUUGGAGAUCACGAUGCUGAUCGCCGACUUCAUGAACGCGCGCGGUCAGUCGGCAUCGGUGAUGGGAGGAUCCUCCACCCCCCUCCUCGGAGGGACGCUCACCCGACACGGGUCCAUUCGCUCCCGACGGGGGGUGGGAGAGCCGGAUGUGAUUAGGAUCGCCGCCGAGGUGGACUCUCGUGUCGUCAAGGGUGCCAAGGGCAAGAAGAAGCCGGACUCGUGUCUCUCAUGAUAAUGUCUCGUGUUCCAUCUCUAGGCAUCUGAAUCUCAUCUUAAAUCUGACUCUCCUCAUCCUCUUGCCUUUCUUUCAAGGUGAACCCUGUCACCGUGAAGGAAUCUAAAUCAAGAAAUGGAGUAGCAUCUCAUUUCGUUUAUUUUUUAUGGCAUAAUUUUAAUCAUGGAACUAUAUGAAGAAUUUCGUCAUGAUCUGUUUACUUCCUAGGAAUUGGUGGGACUUGGCCAGAAUUUUUUUAACUUGUUCUUGAAAAUACUCUGUUUGCACAUGUGUAAACCAUUUGCCAGACUUGAACCAUUUUGAUAUUUGUUGCCAGACAAUUUAAAGCUCGAUCCUCUUUUGAGAAUGUUGCAAUAUAUGUCUUCUGCAUUCUUCAUGGAUCUGAAGAUGUUCUCUGCAGUACUUAUGUCCUGGUGCACUAUCAUGACUCCAUUGAGCAGGGCAUACCUUUGUUUUUUUUUUUAAAGCAGCUUUCUUCUGUAUGACAUGGAUGCUGAUGCUUUGUUUUAGUUUUGAUGAUUUCUUGUGUUUUCAUGCUUGCAUGUAUCCAGAGAGAGAAAGUGGAUAAGAGAAGAAGAAAAUUAGUUUAUUCACGAAGGAUGGUAUCCGUAACCUCUCUAGCAACGAUGAUGUCCGGAAGAGGGAACCAUCGGAAGUCCCGGCCUCGUUCCAGAGGUCUCUCGUGUCUCGUGCCCAGGUGCCUGUUUUUUUUGUUGUUGUUUGCUUCGUUUUACCCUGGUCUCCUGCUUUGGUUUCCUGUGACACCCCUGCCCCAUGCAGCAAGUCAAAAUGCUUGAAAUGUGAUAGCUAGUCAAGAAGACGGGGGUCGUCGAUGUUUUCCACUGAAGUCAGGGUUCAUCUAUCACAGGUGUGAUUGAUAUUUAUAGAAGUGUUUUCGUUUUUGGGUUCCCCUCUUUUUUUUCUCUUCAUGUGAGUGACGGCAACAAUGAAUCUCAGUUUUAUAAA